AUGCCAAGGAAUGACUACCAGGGUUCCCCCGUUUCUCUGGUGUGGGAACCCCCAGAUUUUGGCUAUUUUAAACUAAAUGUCGACGGCUCUCGGAAACCUGCUACUGGGGCUAUUGGUGCUGACGGUGUUAUUCGCAACUCUGAUGGGGAGUGGAUUGCUGGAUUUACAGUCAACUUAGGCACGGGUCAGAUCCUAGAUGCAGAAAUCAGGGGGCUGGCUUUUGGUCUUAAGCUUGCAGUUGAUCGUGGGAUUCCUAACCUCAUUGUGGAAAUGGAUUCAACAACUACUGUGCAUCUUAUUCAAUCUCCUGAUAUCAUUAAUUUUCACCCUCUUGUUGGUGUCAUUUGUAGCUGCAAGGAAUACAUGGAGAAAAUCAACAAGAGCUUUCGGAUUUUUUUUAAUCUAAAGGACUCGAAAGGACGCAUUUGCCCCUCACUUUGA